AUGAUAUGUAUUGAAUGUACUAAACAUGCUGAGUCGCUAUAUACAGUUUAUUCGAAUAAGCAUAUACAACUGACAGAUUGUAAGAAUUGUAACCAAGUGACUGAUAGGUACAUUGAGAUUGAUAAUGUAUUGUUGUUUAUGGAUUUGCUGUUGUUAAAGCCAGGUGCUUAUCGACAUUUGGUGUUCAAUUCUUUGGAAUUGAAACUCUCAAAGUACCCUGAAUCCUUGCCAGUGGAGGGAUCUCCACAGGAGAAGAGUAAGAUUAUUUAUAGUAACUUUAAGAAUUGGAUUGUGAAAUUUGAUACUACUAAUAGGUUCUGGAUCCUUCUGGUGGCUUUUGAGGUGUAUUUGACAUGGUCUGCAGAAGAACAUAUAUAUGGUUUAAAUCAGCAAAGAGUUAAAGACGAUAAAUAUUUAUUACUGAAUAGAAUACUUUCUGCUGACCCAUUGAAUCAAUAUUUGAGUUAUGCAGGAUAUUGUAUUGUAGAUAUGCUUAUAUUUUACUAUUUGAUUUUAUUCUGUGUCUUAAGAGGAUUGCAAUGGGGAAAAGAAAUGAAAUAUAGACGUGAAAUUUUAUCUUACACUAUUUUGUUAUCUUAUGGUGCUAAAAUUUUCCCAAUUCUGAUGUUAAUUUGGCCUUAUGAUACAUUCUUUUCAAUGAACGUCAUCCAGUGGGUGGCUAAUUUGUAUUUAAUUGAAUCCCUGAGAAUUGUGACAAGAUUGCCAUAUACUUCGAUACUAUCAAUUUUUAUAUUGGUCACGAUUAUGAAAGGAACAAUAUCUAGAUUAUUCUUAAUAUCAUGCUUUGGAAGUUCAAUCGAUGAGAUUAAGUUAAUGAUAAAUUCAGAAAUUCAAUUCCUUUUACAAAAAUUUAAUGUCUCUACAAACUUUCUCUAG